AUGUCCGCGGAUAAAAAGAUGCGUGCGGGGACACACGAAGAACAUAACGAUGAAAAGCAUGUGACCCAAGUAAAAGUGGUAAAAGGCGAUGAGACAUCUGCGCAAGCAAUGUUGAAGGAACCAUCCAAAACAUGGUCAGGACGAUCCUUCAUAUUAUACGCUUGUGCGCUCGUGGCUUUCUUUUGCAGCACUUGCAACGGAUUCGAUGGCUCUAUGUUCAACUCUCUUCUCGCAAUGGAGCAAUUUAGGACGUACUUCAACGUGGCCAACGAUGGUACUUGGACUGGAAUCGUCACUUCUAUGUAUUCGAUCGGCAGUGUGGUAGCUAUUCCUUUUAUAGGGCCGGCGAUCGACACUUGGGGAAGAAAGGUCGGUAUCUAUAUCGGAGCUUCAUCCAUUGUGCUGGGAACUAUAGUCCAGUCUACCACACUUCACUCGAGUAAUGUCAUCGGGCAGUUCAUGGGCGGCAGGUUUCUGCUUGGAUUUGGUGUCGGUAUUGUUGCAUCAGCGGGCCCAAUGUAUGUUGUCGAAAUAUCGCAUCCUGCCCAUCGAGAUGUUGUCACUGCUUUUUAUAAUACCUUUUGGUUUGUUGGUUCAAUUCUGGCUUGGGGAUCUGCACGAGCAAGUGCAGAUUUAUCCGGUCUUUGUAUUAUCCUAGUAUGGGCUCUUCCCGAGAGUCCACGUUGGCAAUAUGUGCAUGGACAGCGAGACAAGGCGAAAGCAAUGCUUACACGAUACCACAGGGAAGGAAACCCAAACAGAAUUUGGGUCGAAAUGCAGCUUCAUGAAUAUGAAGAGUAUCUAGAACUGGAUGGAGCAGACAAAAGAUGGUGGGAUUACCGAGCACUGUUCAAAGACAAAGCUUCAAGAUACCGUUUGGCAUGUAACUGCACAAUUGCUAUAUUUGGACAGUGGGCUGGGAAUGGCCCAAUUUCAUACUUCAUUUCGGCUGUUCUUGAUACCGCAGGAAUUACGGAUUCCUUCACACAACUGAACCUCAACCUAGGUUUAAAUAUCAUGCAGUUUGGCUUGGCUUCGUUCGGUGCUUCCCUCGUGGAUAAAGUAGGUCGUCGACCUCUGCUUCUAUUCGCAAACAUUGGAUGCGCUAUAGUAUGGAUCGGAGCUACAGUUUCAUCAUCCAUCAACGCAAAUACAGGUUUUACGCCGUUGCAAGCAUUAUACCCUGUAGAAGUCCUGAGUUUCGAGAUGAGGGCAAAAGGAAUGGCUUUUAGCAACUUUGCGGUGUCGGCAGCGACCCUCGUGAACCAGUUCGCAUAUCCUGUGGCUUUAGAGAAGAUCAAGUGGAAAACCUAUCUCGUUUUUGUGCUUUGGUGUCCAAUACAGGCGCUUGUAAUUUUUUUCUUCAUUCCUGAGACGAAAAAUCGUACUUUGGAAGAACUGGAUGAUAUCUUCCGGGCCAAGAAUCCAAGAAAAGCAUCUCUUGAGAAGAAGAAAUUGGUACUUGACGAAAGCGCAAAUAUCAUCAAAGUAGAAGAAGUCAUUUGA